CACCAGCUGCUGGAUGCUAGCCCUCUGGGUGCAGGAGCACUACAGCAACAGCACGAAAACGAGAGCGACUUACGCUUCGGCUGAGUUGGUUGGACGAUGGGUUGAUUAGUCGAUCGAGUCGAUUUUCAGCGUUUGGCUUUGGUAGUUUUGGUGGCGAGUCACCGGCAAAAUAGCAAAACAUUCGUCUACUCCACACCGCAGCGAACGUACACGCUGUUGCAGACAACGCGCACGGUUGAAAACAAUCAAAACAAAACGGUUGAAAAUUAGACCUAAAACAAAAAUCGGUGACGAUCAAAAUAGAAAUAAAGUAAAAUAAAGAUUCAAAAAAUUGCACGCGCAUACAAUUUUUACAAGCAACUCAUCAAAAGCAUAAUAAAAAAAAACAACGAAAUUGAUUUAAACAUGCACACAACUAUGCAAACUAGCGAGGAACGCACUAGCAAUUACUAAAGUGAUAACACAUUACUGCUACAUAUUUUUAUAUUAGCUAGUCCAGUCAAUCAACCGCGCACUAUAAAAACAGCUGACCGUCGAGUCGAUUUAGUGGUGAAGAAGAGAAAGCAACAAACUUCAGCAGUAGCAGCGUCCGCGUCAGCGUCAGCGUCCGCGUCGUUGUCGUUUGCCGUUAGGCUUAUCAUAUCAGCAGGCGACAGACAGUCCGUAAUAAUCCGCAGCAAACAGCGCCAAUAAGGCAGCAAUCAUAAUUAAAGCAGCAGCCGACAACAUGAUUUCACAUAGUCCACCCAUCUUUAGCCAUAGCCCACCAGUCAGUUUCCUAUCGGACUACAUGAACAAUCAUCGUUACAAUGACGAAGCAAACAGAGCGUCGCGCUAUUGUCGCCCUCAAGUGAUCACACUCGCCUCGAAGGCCAUGGCCAAUAGUGCGGCCGCCGCCUUCGCCAGCCAUCAGCUACAACAGCAGCAGCACCAGCAACAGCACUAUCAACAGCACUAUCAGCAGCAGCAGCAACAACAACAGGCGCGUCUGCCCAUCACCGUCACCGCUGGUGGCUGUGGCAUGGCCAGCCAUGAGGGUCGUAUUCAUGGCGGUUUACCGCGCGCACUAUCCGCACCAAUCAUUCAAAUGCAGCCGAAAUCUUGCCUCAGCCGCCGAUCCUGCCUACACCGCUCAACAACGGCCAACAGCAGCGAUAGUCGCAAUAGUGACGCGGCGAGCGCGGAAACGGAGUGUGCGAAUUGCAAAUGCAACGAACAAAGCCGUUGCCGCAAACGUGUUAUCUUUGCAGACGAUGAGGGUCAACCGUUGACGGAAGUCCGCGUCAUGUCAGAACCCUCGAAUGUACCGCCUUUGUGGAGCACGAAAUUCUUGGAGCAAAUCACACAGGGUUUAGUUAGUCCACAUCCCGCCGAUCAGUGGACCGUUGACUUCAAGCAACCAGCAUCAGAUUAUCUAUCAUUCAGACAGAAAAUCGAUCGCGACUUUGUCUCACUUGAAAAUGUGAUCGUCAAGGAUGAAGAGUCGAUUGUUGUGGGCACAGUAAAGGUGAAAAAUGUCUCCUUCGAAAAGGAAGUGGUCGUGCGCGUCACAUGGGAUGACUGGAAGAGUCAACAGGAUAUAUUCUGCACUUUUGCACGGGCCUACGGCCCAGCAACCUUUGCUCAUGUCGUAUUCGAUACAUUCUCCUUCAAAAUCACAUUGCCACCAUCCUCGAAACGCUUGGAAUUCUGCAUUUGUUAUCGUGCCAACGAUCAAGAAUACUGGGACAAUAAUGGGGCCAAGAACUAUACUAUAACGAAGCGUUCGCCCUUCUACUACAAUGCUCUUUCGCCAUAUGACAAGAAUUCCUCACGCAAUUCCUGCCGAGGCCAUGUGAUGUCAGCGCUCUCGGAGGCUUUAGCCAACUCCAAAGAGCACCAAACCCCGAAUAAGUGGAGUCAGGAGUCGGGACCCUACUGGCAACAAAAACGGAACGAGGAGAAAUAUUGGUGAAGGAUUAUUAGAAGCAAAAAAUAAGGACUACGAAUACCCGAGUCGCGUUAGUGAUAUGGGUUUCGUGCCAAAGCGAGCGCGCAACCAAUCAACCCUCCUACAAACAAGAAUGUUACAAAAUGCCAAUAUAGAACAAGUAAAAAAAAGUCACAGCAUCAACUAUAAAAGUUAAAAAAAAUUUAGAAUUGCAAAAUUACAAUAUUACAAAAAAAAAGAACUGGCAGGACGAGGCCGUAUUUAAAGUACGCUGACGCAGGAAUAUCCCAAGGCAGCAACAUUUUAUUGUGGUACUUAGUGCUGUAUAUAGCGGACUAAAAAAAUUGUGCGCAGCAGCAGCCCAAUUACCGAUCAUCUAAGAAUUUCUACUAUGUGGCCUGCACUCAAAAAAGCAAUUUCCACAACAAAUACAUAUCGUACAUUUUGUGAAAGUGAUAGUGGUAGGCUUGAGAUAGAAAAUAUUGAUUCCCAAAUAGAAAAAAAAUUGCACCCACGGACCGCCAUAACUAAAGCAGCUAAUGAUUUGGAAAUUAUGUAUGAGAAGAGCAAGGAAGAAAAAUUAUUUUGGUGCAAUAUUUGAGAUCACUUUGGAAAAAGCUUUAAGUUUGAAAAAACUAUUUUAGUGGCCUCUGAAAAUUUGAAAGUGCUAUCUAUAAGCCUCAAUUUAAGGGGCUUUCGAGCCUAUAAUGGGACGUGAUAUUAACUCUGCCUGACUGAACUUACAAACAGAAAAACGAAAAACAAUGUAAAAUAGAUAUUGGACAACCAAGAGUAAGGACCGGUCGUUCAAUGUCUGGUUAUCAUUACCUCCCAGUUAAUCAUUAUUAUCGACGAUUUCGACAUCAUGCAAAUAACAUGUGAUCGAUAAAGCAGUCGUUGUUUUUAACCGGAGCUUCUACCUCCGAUUUGUGUUAACUAGACAUUGAACAACCAGCCCGAAGACAAUAAAUAACAGCAAAUCAGAAGAAAGUACCGAGAUGGUUUAAAACAAAAAGAUAGCAUUUAAAUUUGAAAAAAAAAAGUCCGCUAGCAUAGCGCGUUAAUUAUUACAUGAUUACGGUUGAUUACCGCCAGAGACUGGUUGGCCAGCAUUAGAUACUCUAAGUCAAGUGAAGUUGAGCUGGUCUCAGUUCACACGGCCAGCUAGUAAAGGUGUCGGAGAAUCAGCAUGCUCCAUCAGGCGGGCGUAGCAGUGAUAGUAGAAUGUCUAAGCCAUAUAUGGCAUUAUUAGAUAUAUUUUUAACAGAGCCCGCCAAGCAACCUUGUACUGUGUUUCAGAAGUCAGCAAUGAACGCCCCUAAUGUUAUCAGAGCGCAUUGCUGAUUUCUCACAACACAAACGGUUUACGCAAAAGACAGAGCCUUAUUACCAGUUACUAUUUGGUUAGCUGCCUGCGCCUUGCAUCGUUUGAACAGACUUUUAAAUCGUGAUAUUGGCAGCGUUUUUCAACUUAGCCAACUUCAAAGAAAUUUCUUUCAAAUGUUUAUUGACAAUGAAGUUGCUCGCAAAAUUCUUAGGGCCAAUUUCACAGUGGACUGUUAACUCAUACCCAUAUUCGGUAGUAAGCUUAAAAUUUUUGUAUUGGAAAUUUAAAGUAAACUGCCACACAAACAUACGUGCACGCAUAUCUGAGUGGGAACUCCACUAGGUAUAUUGACAAAAUUAAGCAAGUGACCUGGCACUCGGGCAAAAGAGCUGAUUAGCUCAAACCAACGAAUGUUGUCAAUGUUGUUUUUUAAGCUAAUCAGCUCAUUUGCACAAAAAUCAGGGCACUUGCUCAAUUUCGGUAAUAUCCCUAAUGUGAAAAUGGCCCUUAGAGAAAGAAACAUAUACUAAACAACAAAAAA